UGGGGGGUGUAGUCAGGUGACUCCGGCGGGCCGCCCAAGAUGGCGUCGCGUCCGCGGAGCCUGAGGAGGAAGGUUUACUGGUAACCACGGCGUGGGGCUGCCCCCGCAGGCCUCGAGUGUACGCGUGCCUCGGGAAGGGCUAUGAUCGUUCUGGGCUGCGUCUCAGGCGCUCGUUAAAGGCAUAGCCUGCCUAGCCAUGGCUCUGAGGGAGCUGAAAGUUUGCCUGCUGGGGGACACUGGUGUGGGCAAAUCAAGUAUCGUGUGGAGAUUUGUAGAAGAUAGCUUUGAUCCCAACAUUAACCCAACAAUAGGAGCCUCAUUUAUGACCAAGACUGUACAGUAUCAAAAUGAGCUGCAUAAAUUCCUAAUUUGGGAUACAGCUGGACAGGAGCGGUUUCGUGCUUUAGCCCCAAUGUAUUACAGAGGGUCAGCAGCAGCCAUUAUAGUGUAUGACAUCACAAAAGAGGAAACUUUCUCAACAUUAAAGAACUGGGUUAAAGAGCUUCGACAGCAUGGACCUCCAAACAUUGUUGUAGCUAUUGCAGGAAAUAAGUGUGAUCUUAACGAUGUAAGAGAGGUCAUGGAAAAAGAUGCUAAAGACUAUGCAGAUUCGAUUCAUGCAAUAUUUGUAGAGACAAGUGCGAAAAAUGCAAUAAACAUUAAUGAACUCUUUAUAGAAAUUAGUCGCAGAAUUCCAUCAACUGACACCAACCCCCCAUCUAGUGGUAAGGGCUUCAAACUUAGAAGACAGCCAUCGGUGACAAAGCGCAGCUGCUGUUGACUGAUCCCUUAGAAAAUCAGACUUGUUUAUACAGUAGGUGGUCUUGGAAGUUAAUAGUUCACGUUGGGUUUAUAUUAUCAGUCAGAUCUUUAUCUGCUGGUGUUCAUACACCCGAGGUCCCACAAAAAUGGACCAGUUCAUCUGACAUCUGUACAUUCGCAGAAAAGACUGCAAUUGUAAUGUCAGCCUGUUUACUUACAAAAAGUGUAAUAUCUCUUGCAUUCAAAGGGAAUCCAUCAUCACUUUUUUGGCCUUGCUUGAAAGGAAGGUGACUAUAUGGAUGGUAGAACUGAAAUGUUUAAUAGUUUUGUAAUCAAGAUUUUAGGGGUGGUUUUUUUUUUUUGUAAAAAGGGAAAUGAGCACUUUUGUGGGACUUGGGGUGGGAGGAGUCUGGAAGUUAGAUGUCAUUUCUUCCUUUUCUUCAGUGAGCCUUAUUUUAAAUUUCAUUGUAGCUAAUCCAAAGUACGAUGGGAUAGUUGAUGUGAGGUGGCUACAAAAUAAGCAACUGAAGACAAAUAAUAGGCAAAUCAGUCCAUCCAGUCCCCAAAUCCCAUUUGCACUUUUUAUUUAAAGAUGAUAUGCGCCAGGGGUGGGGACACAAGCAACAGAUCUUAAACCACAGACAAUCUUUUUCAUGCUGACUUUAAUCACUUUAAGGCAAACUGAUAUGCUUAUAGGCAUCUUUUUGUUCCUACGAGUUUUUUAAUAUUAAGAUGUUGAUUGAAGAAAACCUAGUUGUAGUUCUGACUAAAUUAAGUGGUUACUGACUAAAAGCAGAUGCUGUAAACAGAUGCUGCCAGUGGUUCUGAUAAGACCUAAGUUUUUGGGGAAAGCUUUUAAUUGCUUGGCACGUGUAAAGUGUUCAUAUUAUAUUUAUGAGACCAGUGUUUAAAGUAUUAUAAAUUAUGUAAAAACAGUAAAAAAUAAUGCAAUCUUAUACACUCCUUCCAUUCCACACCUAUGGAUAAACUCCUGGGGAAUCUCCAUCAGGUUUUUUCCCUGCAUUUUAGGUAUUGUCACUGUGAGUUCAUCCAGAGGCAGACUGAAGUUCUUUCCCUUUCAGUUACAUUUGAAAGGGCCAAUAGAGAAUGCUGUUGGUGCAGCAUGAGGUCUGCCUGUUGAACAAGCUUUCAUCUGUGGUGCACCCAGUCUUUCCUGUUUUGGGCACAAAAAUACAAAUAGGAAGUAACCUUAAGACAUGUGGUAAUGUAGAUCGUUACCUCUUGGUUCCUGGGCUUUUUCAUCUGUGAGGGUUUUUAGCAAAUCAGUGUUUAGCUUAUUCUGUAUUGAUUUUAGUACGCUUUCAAUUAAACUAUAGGUUGACCAUACCCAUUUGUGCUAUUUUAUUUAUUUUUACUUUUUGUUUCCUAUGAGCACUAGUGAGAAACUUUAUAGUUUUGAAGAAAAAGAGCUUAAUAGACUUGAGUAUAUACUAAAAUACGCUAUUUAGCUUUAGUAUCAAAAUGAGGUCAUGUUGAUGAUGCUUAUUCUUUGUUUGUAAUCUGGUUUUCUGUCAUCUCAAGUAUUUUCUCUGAAGGAAAUGUAGAAAAGUUUGUAAGAAAUGAAAGGACUUGUACUUCAGAUUAGUUUGUAUUAGUGAAAAUUCUUGUAGAGCUAUUCUGGAGCAAAACAGGUGAACUAUUACAGUGAGAUUUUGAAUGGGUCAGUAUGUUUUAAUGAAAUUUGGUGACUACGUUUUUAUCACGCCUUUUACUUGGGCUGCAUUGUCAAUUAUGCCUUCUUUGCCACAGUUGUACAGGCUAUGUGUUUAUAGAGAGCCCAAGAAGUAUAUCUUCAUCAAACGAAGGCUGUUUGAAGCCCCUUUGAAACAUUGGUCCUUAACAAAGCAUCUGAUAGUAGAGACGGAUUUGUCUUUGGUGUUCAGCCUGAUAUAUGAUAUAUUUUUUUCUGUCACUCAAAGCAAAUAAAUUAUGAACAGAAAACAUUACUCCUAUAAAAUGCUUGAUGGAAAUAUAAUCAGUAAAGAAAGAACAGAGUAAGCUUGCUCUUGGGUAUAUUUUUAACUAUAAAAAAGCAGGUUAGCAACAAAAACUUUCACAGUGGCAGUCAUGGAAAUCCCUAAUUUCUUUGAAAUAUCUCAAUUCUUACUCCCAGCAAACUUUUAAAAAGUAAAUUGUGUGGUUAUCUAAUUCAACUAUGUUUUUAAAACAUUUUGUGUUCACAGUGCUUCAGAAGUCUAUUCUAUACCAAGAUACCAGGUGCUUUAGUAUCUUGACUGUGAUACCGAAAAUACUGCUUUUAUUAAAGUUGGUUAGUAAUAAAUCUGGAAAUUCUUGAACUUGGAAAGAUCACAGUAGGAGAAGGAAAGUCUCAGAUAUUGGGAAUAUCUUUCAUGUAGGUUAGUAGACAAAGGAAUUUCAGACUUUCUAAAUUAUUGUUAUUGCCUGUUAGCAUGUGGUAAAAAUGGAGUUUAAAUCUGUGUUUCAGUGAGAUAACAAAAAUGGUUUAAUAGUAUUUAUCCAAGAUUUAUUGACUUCGGAAGAAAAUACUGGACUCUAGGCAAGACUGAGAGCUAGGCUAGUAUUGAGAUUAUUGUAGUUCUCUCCAGUCAGGGGGGAGAUCCAUAUAACUUAGCAAAUCUUUAUGAACUGCUUUCUGAUUUAUCCUCACCUAUUUGCUAUACACCAAAAUUAGACUUUAAAACCAAACAAAAAAACCCCACCCCAAAACACUAAAGCAGCAGCAACAAUCUGGCCCUUCUCAAAUGUAGCUAAGUCUUAACGCCUCAGACUCCUUUUGUUUUGUUACCAAUCUGAGUGGAAUGCCAGCAUACUUCAUAUCCUUUUUGCAGUUCUGAUCUUGAAUUACUGCAGUUAAUGAAGACAUGGAAAUAGCCAGUGUUUCAGAUUGUCCAAACUGCAAACACUGAAGAGAGGCUGCUUUUUAACACAUGCCUAUUUAAAAUGACAGACUGUUGAUGUAAGUUCUUUUGAGCCAAGAUAACUGUUUAUUGAUCAGUUGGCCCUGGCUGAAAGCUGGAAUGCAGUCUUUGCUGGAUGAGAUGCACAUGUUCAUUGUUUCGUUUUUGUUGGAGAAAAAUGGUUUCUUCUGUAUUAAUAAUUUGUUAGGCCAUCUGCUUUCAUCUUGCACUAGGCUUGCUGAAAUUGAUUGUUUUCUCCUAACAUAGCUCCUCUAUUUGGAGAUACAUUAGCCUUUGAGCGUCUGGAGCGCUGAUUAUCAACCAUUCCAGCUAAAUUUUUAAUAACUUUAUUAAGAAGUUGUUGAAAAAGCUCAGGACUGAAGUUUUAUUCCACUAUGCCUUUCUGUUUAAUGAAUGGAGCUCAUCAUAGAGACUAGACUUUCAGAUACUCUCAAAGGGUAUUUUUGCUGCAAAACAAGUUUGGAAGGGUAAAGUAUCAUGUAUGUAAAAAUGUAAGGAGGUGCAUGUCAUAUCAUUAAUCUAGAGCAUUUUUUAACUGACAAAAUAUGACUAUUUCAACUUCUAAACAACACCAGUUCUUUCCCACGGAAGUUAUAGGUUUGUACAAAAGAUAUAAUUUGAUAAAUGUUUAGUUCUUAAGCUUUGGAGCAACUUAAAUGUGCUCCCCAAGUUUUGGAGGGUGUCUUCAUCCGACCCUCUAAAUUACAAGUCUCUUAGCUGACUUGCCAGGCUCUUGAUCUGUGCUGUAAGUAGUUUUGUAGUAUCUUUUAUAUACAUGCUAAAAACUGGCAUACUAAAUGCCUAAGUACGUGAAAUCUGGAAGUUUAUGUUUAAUAACAGAAGCAUCUAGUGGUCAAACUACUGAAAAUUUAUAGGUGCUUUGAAAAGUUCUAAGAGAAUUCUAACAACUUUUGCUGUUGCCAAGAACAUAAAGACUUUGUUUAUGUUACUAGAUCCAUGUUGAAACAAAACAAAUCGUUGCACUUCAGAUCCCUACUGACAUCAGUGAGAUCCUUCCUUUAAGUGCUACAGGAUCAGACAGUUAAUAGUUUAGAGGGGCGUUUUAUGCAGACUUGAGUCUUUGUGUUGGUGUACGUAAUACCAAUUUGUUACCAGCCUGCUCAAGAAAGAUUAUUUACAUGCUUGGGAAGAGAGUAAGAGGAGAGGAGACAAUGCCUGCUUACUGAUUUGGAAGUCUAAUCCUUUAACCUGGUUGAGAGUUGUGGGAUUCAUUGGGAGCUGUCUACUUUCAUGGUUAAAGCUUCAUUUUGAUUAUCAAAAAAAUAAUUCAGGCUGAAUAUCUUGAAUGGUUUAAAAGUUGGCCUCAACAAGAUUUUUCUUACAAUGUUAAUCCUAAAUUAUUCCUUAACAUUAGUGUUAAUUUUCAGUAUAACAUAUUGAGUAUUAGUUAGAAAAGGAAGCUUUAGCAGUGAUGUUUGAAUGACUUUCUUGUGAAACAGUCUUUAGUGUUUAUUAAGGACGGUGUAGUCUAUUUGUGGUGUGCUAUGACACCCAUCUGCAAAGACUAUCUUGGGAAUUGAUGAUUUACAGGACAGAAGCUGUCUGAACUGUGUAGCUAGUCACCCUGUAGCGAACCUCACUUAUAAGCAGCAAUAGCUACAUAGAAGUAGAAAAAAAUCAUCUCAAAGAUGAGGAGAACCUGAAUAAUUCACUGACUUAAACUUCUACACUGCCUGUUCAUUUUCUAAAAAAACUUCAUGUAUCUCUCUUAAACAUUUUAAACCUCUAAAAAAAGAGGCUCUUCUGUUCGUGGACAAGAGAGAAGGACAAACUUUCUGAACAUUUUUAGCAGGAAGUUGGUUUACAGCGACCUGAGGCUGUUUGAUUGCCACAAGUCAGUUACUUGAAGUAGGAGGAUUGUGUGCUUGGAAUUAAGCUUCUAAAAAAUCUGCACAAAAUUCUGUAAAGAAAACUGUUAAAAUUUUAUGUUCAGAUCACAUUCCUAGUAAUAGAUCAUAGCCCUAGUAAUGGUAGGUGACAGACGAUUUAUAGAAGUAAGAUGUUGGUGUGAAUUACCAAUCUAAGAUAGAAAUACAGAUUCUAGUAUAAAAAAAGUCACGUCAGCUGUCCUUUUCAGAGCUGUAUGGCUCCAGCUUUUCAAAAGAAAUAUGCUUGAAACACAUCUUUGUUUCUCAUACAAGAAUUCAAGUGCCAAAACAUACUUCCCUAAAAUUAUUAGACCUUCUGACACCAGUGUUUGUUUCUGAAAAAUCCCUUCUGAUAUUUUGGAGGUCCCAAACAUUUGAAUGCAAACCCUUUCUUGGUCAGCUAGAAUCAGAAAUGCAUGACUUGGAAAAAUCAAACAAGCAUUACCAAACUUUAUCCAUGAAGUGUCACAGAUGACUCUUUCAAGGGAUAUAAGACUAUCCUGAAACCCAAGAGUACUGAUGGGCUUAGCCUCUGACAUGUCAAAAUGAUCCUAGGGUCAGCUUUUUCCUCCUUCCCCCUACCCCACCCAACCCUGAAUUUUUAACAUAGUAUUGUCAGAGUGUAUGUGCUAUAAACAGCUAUUUAGAAAUACUUAGAAAAGUUCUAGUGGCUUAGAGUUAUUUGGUGCUUUCUAUUUUACGUGGAAAAUCAAGGCAGUAGGAUGGUUUGUCUGCCUAAAAAUUGGGACAGCAUUUGCUGAAACUGCUCUCUUUCUAGAAUAAAGACUUCUUACAAGAAACAAUUUUGCUUUUCCCAUUACAUAAUCCUGCAAGUUGGGGUUCUUAAAUUUUUACUUAAACACUAACAAUGGAUUUUAUUCAAGGAGCUAAUUACCUUUGUAAAGGUACUCUUCUUUUAAGAAGGUUAGGCUUUUCUUUGCUUCAUUUCUGUUAAUUUUUUCACAUAUGUAUUGUUGAACAAACCAACUGCUACUUCUUUUUCAAAUGUUGAAGGAUACAGACGACUCUUUCUGUCACGCUCUUCAUCUGUGUGUGAUACUCCAUCCAGUUGUUGCACUUGGAUAUGCUGUAACUCUGACACCUUGAUUGAUUUGCUGCUACUAUCUUGCCUCACUUUUACUCAUGUUACAGUAUAUAUUUCCUAUUAAAUCCAUUAUGUUUUCUUGACAAUUUGUUCUUUGUUUCCUUAUGGGAUUUAGCCAAGAAUAGGUGGUGAGUGUCUUUUUCUCCUCAAAGGUUUUAGAAGUAUCUGUCACAGCGGCAAAUAUUUGUAAACAAAAUGGUAAUUCAUUAGUACAGCCUUAUGAAACUGUUGUGAAAACAUAGCAGCUGAGACAUGUAUGACUACUGUAUUAUGCCACACCACAUAAUGAAGGCUGAAAGCACAUUCACCUGGGGGAGCAAAUUAUUGUAAGGCUCUAGUAACAUGACACUCUUCUAUAUUUUAACUUCCUUUUUUGUACUUCCUAUUUCUGAAUAUUGUGUAUCCAACAUUGAAAUUGUGAGACAGCGAAUUGAUUUAAGACACAGAAAUGGGUCGCAUUUCUGUAGCUGUAAGACACUUAAGACUUCCUGGCAAUCUUCCCCUUUGUACUCCCCAUCCCCAGUACAAUGAAGAAAAAAAGAAAUAAUUCUGAAGGUUUCUUCUAAACAAGAAACUUUGCAUUUGCAUUUGUGUAUUCAGGGCACAAAAAUAACCUGAUAUGCAUAUAGCUCUUGCAGUGUAAUAAAUGUUUGCCUGUAAAAUUAAGCAUGAAGGUUAACCUUUGUAUCAGCAAUUCUUGUCCCUCUUAAGAAUGUUCUGCCUUUUCAUAGGAUUGGGUUAACCUGUUACAAAGGUUGACAGGUCUGUGCCUUCUUAUUAUAGUAUCUCUUAUUAAAACAAACUUAAGCCGCUCAAAGUUACAGAGCAUUUGCAGCACUGUAAACUGCACAAAUUUACAACCAUUGCUUCACUGCAUGAAAUGUAGUCAGAUUACUAGUAAUGAAAUAUUGUAGUGAUGAAUUCCCAAGCUUAUGAAUGUUUUGAGACUUUUUUUUUAGUCUUCUCUUGGGCUGGUCCUGAGAGUUUGUAUAGGUUUGUCUGUAUUGUUGGUUUGUAGAUGCUAAUGAGGAAAACCAGGCUUUUGUUCUCUCCUUUUUGUUUGAAUUGUUAUACUCCCAUAUAGUGCAUAGAAUGCAAAUAAAGAAAUGUUGAUUUGGCAUAAUGUAAACAGCCUUUUCAGCCUAAGCAUUCAUAAUAAACUUUUAUAGUGUAAUAACAUGCUAAAUCACUACCAGUCUGAUGUAUUGUGCGGGGAAAAAAAAAGGUGUAAACAUUUUAUUAAUAAAAAGCUUUGUUUAUAAACGUG